AGGUGGAAAGAGUGACAACAGAGGAGGCGGCAGAGGGGAGGAGUGGGCACAGAGUCGGGAGGAGUGGGCACAGAGUCGGGAGGGGGUUUCGUUAAUUCCAGCACACACUCCAUCCCUGCGCUACCACCAUGCCUCUGGGACUGAGAGGGAAGAAGAAGAACAAGACUAAGGAGGUCUCCUCCAAGUUAGUGGAAAGUGAAGUAGUGGAGAACCGGACGGCCGGGAGCGGCGCAUCCAAGGACUCUGCCAAUGCCAACGGUGCGGCCGGUCUGCCACCUCCCCCGCCGAACAUGCGCCCCAAACUGGUCUUCCACACCCAGCUGGCACAUGGCAGCCCCACCGGCAGGAUCGAGGGCUUCACCAACGUCAAGGAAUUGUACGCCAAGAUUGCCGAAGCCUUCCAGAUCACCCCAGAAGAGAUCUUAUUUUGCACCUUGAACACCCAUAAAAUCGACAUGGAUAAACUCCUAGGAGGGCAGAUCGGCCUUGAAGACUUCAUCUUCGCCCAUGUAAAAGGUUCAAAGAAAGAAGUGGACGUGCUGAAGGCAGAUGAUGCUUUGGGGUUGACCAUCACGGACAAUGGCGCGGGGGUCGCUUUUAUAAAGCGUAUUAAAGAGGACAGCAUCAUUGACAAAAUCAAAGUAAUAAAUGUCGGGGACCACAUCGAGUGCAUUAACGGGAAGAACAUCGUGGGGACGCGCCAUUACGAAGUUGCCAAGAUGCUGAAGGAGCUGGAGAAAGGCAAGACGUUCACCCUGAAGUUAAUAGAGCCCUUAAAAGCGUUCGAAAUGAUUGAGCCACGAUCAAAAGGAGGAAAACCAACAGAAGGUAAAAUUUCCACCGGACGAGAGACCCUCCGGUUGAGAUCUAAGGGUCCUGCCACCGUGGAAGAAAUGCCGACUGCAUUUGAAGAGAAGGCAAUCAAAAAAGUGGACGACCUUUUGGAGAGCUACAUGGGCAUCCGAGAUAUUGAGUUGGCUGCGACCAUGGUGGAAGCCGGACGGGACAAGAAAAAUCCAGAUGAGUUUGCGGUGGCUUUAGAUGAAGCCCUCGGGGACUUCGCUUUUCCGGAUGAGUUUGUUUUUGAUGUCUGGGGAGCGAUUGGAGACGCUAAACAAGGACGUCUUUAACGUGAAAAAGCACCAACAUUUCCAAUUAAGUUUAAUUACUGCUAAACACUUGACUGAUGAUAAUUUUAUAAUAGCGUCCCGUCGGGAUAUGCAGAGGGAUCCACUAAUAUAAUGAAGCAAAGCUUGUAUUUGUAUAUAGAUGAAUAGACUGCGCACUUCUGACUUGGCUGAAUGUAUCCAGCAGGACACACUGAUGCACGUAGUUCUUAAAGGGCAUGUCCACAAUGGCACACAUUCAGUCUACAUAAACCCCGUGUGGAUCUUGUGUGUUGAGUAGAGAACUGUGAUUAACUCGAGGCACUGGUUAUGACCACCAUGGGCAUGAUGCAAAAAAAUAAAUCACCCCCCCCUCCCCUCUAGUACUCAUUCAUGACUUUACAGUGCUUCCUCUCAUUCUAGUUAAUUCAUCCCCCCUCUUGCUGUGCCUUGUGGGCUAACACCAGGGUGCAUGUCAAGAGGGGAACCUUCUUCAGCCCUUGGUGUAGAGCAGGGAUCUCAAACUGCGGCCCUCCAGCUGUUGCAAAACUACAACUCCCACAAUGCCCGGACAGCCUACAGGUAUCAGCCUACAGCAGGGCAUUGUGGGAGUUGUAGUUUUGCAACAGCUGGAGGGCCGCAGUUUGAGAUGCCUGAUGUAGAGGAUUAGGGAAACGUCAUCUACACCCCCAGUUGGUCAUCUAGAUUUUUUUUUGUCUAAAGCGUCCAUCUAAUAAUGUAUUUUCAGGGUUAAUUUUGAGUGAAGGUUGCAGGAGGGUGCAUCAUAGCAUGUCAAAGCGGUCCGAGGGUGCAUUUAUUUUCUGCUUUUUACAUUAGCAAGGGGAUUUCAACCGUGUUUAUAGAGGGUUGAGAGGCGAUUAGAUAAAAGCUGAGACACUAAACCACGAGUCCGUCGUUUCCCUGUAUGGGCACAAUUUUUGCUUGUAUAUUUGUAGCCAAAAAGGGAGAAGAAGUGUAUUGUAGUGAAGCCUACAGAAAUGUUCGAUAUGAUUCUUUAUUGGGGGGAGGGGGUAUAAUCACAGUAAACAAUAUAUAUACAGUACAGACCAAAAGUUUGGACACACCUUC